AUGCGGGAAUUACAAGACAGCUGGCUUCCACAGAUUCUUCCUUUCUGUUGUCUGUCUUCCUACUCCUACUAUUUUGAAAUCUCUGCAUUUAGAGAUAGGCUUUUGAGGUAUGUCAAUGGCUGUGUGUUGUUACCUGUUGCAGAUGUUGUUGCCUCAACUAAAUCAGAUGAAAAAGACUCAUCUCUCCACUAUGUAUCUUCAGAAAGGAACUGGAUUCUUUCUUCUGGUCAUUCUUCCCAUCCAGAAACUCCAUGUAAUUUUGGGUGGAACUGUUCCUGGAUUAUGUCUGCUAAUAGCUUUGGACAACCUGACUGGCUACUAUCUUCGGUUGUUGCUCUGACUUCUCAAGAAGAUCAACACAUUAUGGACAUAAUCUCAUCCAACAGAGAUCUGGAAGGGGAUAUCCUUCUCCUCAACCCUAGCAGGAUCUCAGAUAGAUGCACAUUCAGCCUCCACAGUCCAGUCCUGCCCUGGAGCUCCAGUUCAUGUCUGUUGGAGCUAGCAGUAUAUUCCCAGGGCUUCAGUCUUGCAGGACUCUCUGCUGAAGUGCACUAUGUGGACACAAACCAAAGUAAAGCGGUUCAUCUGCGAGAAGGACAUGAGGAGGAUGCCUGGGUGAAAUGGAAAAUUCUAAUAGGCUCAAUUGGACAAAUGGAAAGACCUUUUGAGAUCACUUUGAUCUAUUCAAGUUGUGAUGAGAAGAAUUCUGGGUUUUUGGCACUGGGAUCAUUGCAACUUCAAAAUUGCCUUCAUGAUAAAGAUCUUUUCAACCUUAAUAAAGGAUCUCCUAUGCCCUGCCCACAAGAGGGCUGUGUCAGCCACCUAGCAGUUUGCAGUUUCAAUUCUGAUUGUCCAAACAAAGAAGAUGAAUCCCUCUGUGAUAGCCUAACAGAAGGGGCACAUUGUUCUUUUGAGGAAGGUGCCUGUGGUUGGACAAUAGAUGGAAAUAUAAAUUCUUCCUGGUCUAUUAGUGAUUUUUCAAGGAUGCAUGAAAACCAGAUUGGAGGAUCUGCCUUCCAAGCCACUGGAGGUCAUUUUUUGUAUCUGCAUGUCAAUAGUGAACACACAGAUGGUUUUGCCCGGAUAUACAGCUCUGAUCUUCCAGCCAUUCUUUCCAAUGGAUCUUAUAAGGUCCAAUUCUCAGCAUAUAUUUUUGGCAAUUACAAUGGCACCAUUUCAUUCAUUGUACAAGAAAAUGAAGGAGCAACCAAUGGCAGUGUGGCACUACAGAUAUGGGAAAAAUCAGGGAGUUGGAGCGAUCAUUGGUUUCUCAUAACUUUGGAAAUGCCAAGCCUUCAGAACAGCUUUCAUCUGGAGCUCCUCGCUAAUUGGGGUUGGAAUUCACAAGCUGAUAUUGCUGUGGACAACAUGACUUUUGGUCUGGAUUGCCUCUCUAACGGAAGAAAACAAAGCCACACUGAUGGAGAUCAGCACUACUCACCGGCAAUGGAUAGAUUAGAUGAGCGUCUUUUUAAUCCUUUGGAAGAGCCCCUUCUUUUAGGGGAAACACCUGUUAAUCUCUGGUGGUUUGCCACCUGUGGGGCUAGUGGGCCUCGUGGACCAACACAAGCACAGUGCGAUAGUGCUUAUCAAGACACCAAUAUGUCAGUGACGGUGGGAAAAGAGGGACAUCUACAAGGGGUACAAAUCUGGAAAGUGCCAGUAUCAAACCGCUAUACGAUUUCAGCCUACGGAGCAGCUGGAGGGAAAGGAGCCAAGAACCACAACAAACGGUCCCAUGGGAUUUUUAUCUCAGCUAACUUCCAACUGGAAAAAGAUGAGCUCAUCUACAUGUUGGUGGGGCAACAAGGGGAAGAUGCCUGCCUAAGGAUUAACUAUCACACUAAGCAGAUUUGCCUGGGGGAAUCUUCAGAAAUUGAAGAAGAAUACAAAAAAGCUCAGGGACUGACCAAAUGGGCUGGAGGAGGGGGAGGGGGCGGAGGAGCCACCUAUGUGUUUCGACAGAAGGAUGGAGCUUUUGAACCUUUGCUUGUUGCGGCAGGGGGUGGAGGAAAGGCUUAUCUGAAGGCGCAAGAGAGCUCCCUGGACGAUGCGUUCUUGGAACAGUAUGUGAACAGCUCAGCCAUACCUGGGGUCAAUGGGAGAACUGGAGCAGCAGGUGGAGGUGGUGGUUGGGAAGGUAUUGCCCAGUAUCCCUGGGCUGGAAAAUCACUUCUGGAAAGUGGAGAAGGUGGUGAGGCCUGCCAACAAGCAUUAGAGAAACUCCAGUGGGCCACUUCUGGUGGUUUUGGUGGUGGAGGAGGAGCCUGUACAUCUGGUGGUGGAGGGGGAGGCUACAAAGGUGGACAUGCUUCUGAAAAAGAUGACAUUACAGCUGAUGGGCAGCAUGGUGUUUCCUUUGUGAACCCAAUUGGGGAGAUCUUCUUGAGCCCUCUGGCAGUUAUGGAAAGUCACGGUGAAGUAGUCAUUGAAGUCUAUGUGAAUUGCAGCCAUUGUCAAUCAGGUAUCUGCAAGCAACAGGCUGGCAGUCACCUAGCUAUCUGCAUUUGUGCAGCUGGGGCCAUCUUGGCUAAUGACAACGUUUCCUGCACAGUUAUCCGGGAACUGAUUCCAGAAGAGCACUUGCCUCUUCCAUUCCUCUUGACAGUGAUUGCUGUGAUUGUGGUGCUUGUUGUGAUUCUCACUUGUGGUAGCCUAUCAAUUGUUUAUCAUCGAAAGAAAAAGAUGCCAGAAGGAACCAGAUCCCAUCUACAGAAUCCAGAUUAUAACCUAAGCAAAAUCCGUACUUCUACCAUCAUGACAGAUUAUAACCCCAACUACAGCUUUGCAGGAAAGACGGCCACUUUCAGUGAACUAAAAGAGAUUCCACGAAAGAAUAUUUCUCUACUUCAGGAACUUGGACAUGGGGCAUUUGGUGAAGUUUACAAAGGAACAGUGGUAGGAAUCACAGGAGAUUCCAGUCCUCUACAGGUGGCUAUCAAGACCUUGCCAGAAAUCUCCUCAGAGCAGGAUGAGAUGGAUUUCCUAAUGGAAGCACUGAUAAUCAGUAAGUUCAGUCACCAGAAUAUAGUGCAGUGCAUUGGGGUGAGCCUGCAAACGUUGCCUCGUUUUAUCCUUUUGGAGCUGAUGACUGGAGGAGACAUGAAGAGCUUCCUACGGAAGAAUCGGCCUCGGGAGAAUCAGCCAUCUGCUUUGACAAUGCUGGACUUGCUGAAUAUUGCCAGGGACAUUGCUUGUGGUUGCAAAUAUCUUGAGGAGAACCAUUUCAUUCACCGGGAUAUAGCUGCAAGGAAUUGCCUUUUGACCUGUUCUGGUUCUGGGAGAGUAGCCAAAAUCGGUGACUUCGGAAUGGCCCGAGAUAUCUACAGGGCAAGCUAUUAUCGCAAAGGCGGGCGAGCCAUGCUUCCAGUCAAGUGGAUGCCUCCAGAAGCUUUCCUGGAAGGCAUCUUCACUUCCAAGACAGACACCUGGUCCUUUGGAGUGCUGCUCUGGGAGAUUUUCUCCUUGGGCUAUAUGCCUUAUCCAUGUAAAACCAACCAGGAAGUGUUAGAAUUUGUUACCAGUGGGGGAAGAAUGGACCCUCCCAAGAACUGCCCUGGACCUGUCUAUCGGAUCAUGACACAAUGCUGGCAGCACAGUCCUGAAUACCGUCCAAAUUUCUCUACAGUCCUGGAAAGGAUCAAGUACUGCACCCAAGAUCCUGACGUGAUCCAUACCGAAUUGCCCAUUGAAUGCAGCCCCACACCAGAGGAUGAAGGAAGCACUGUGCUACAUCCAAAUAGCAACACAGGGAUAAUUCCUUUGCUUGGGAAUCAAUGUCCUCAGAUAAGUCACCAAGUAUUUGAAGAACAUGAUUCUGGGAACAAAUAUGGACAAUGUCCCCAAGAGCUAUUAGUGGAGAACCUUACUAACUGGAAAGCAAGAAGACCUAGCUUACCACGGUUCAACCAUUCCAGCAGUGGGGCUUUGGCUCAACCAGUCUUAAACCAAAAACUGGAUUCCACAAGUCAGUCAGCACAUAAGUUGAAAAACAAAACCAAAAACCUUUGGAACCCAACAUAUGGAUCCUGGGUCAUGGAGAAUAAGUGCCAAUCCAGUCCCAGCUCUAAACUCAACUCAAUGCAAGAGCGAGAAGAUUCAGGAUUUGAUGGGAAUUAUAGCCCCUCCCCUAGUUCUCGGGCAUCGCCUUCAUCUCCAAGUCAGAACCACUCUCCUCACAUUGAUAUUGGUGGGAUUGAACUGGUGAAGCUGCAGAAUUUCCCUUGUGGCAAUGUGAAUUAUGCUUAUGAUGACCUCUGCUAUGAAAUAGGUCACCCUUCACCUUUGUCUGUGGAGCCGGCCACAGUCAUGAGGAGUGGAAGUCUGCACAGGAAUAGCAAGCUUGUUUUCAAGACAGAGAAAACCUCAAGGGAGAGAGAUUCUGGUCUCUCCUUGUCUGAUGAUCUGAAUGUUACUUCUAUAUAACAGGGGAUGCUGAAGAAUCAUAUCUUCAACUUUGGAUAAUUGCAAGAGCAAUUAAAAUGUCCUCCAUCCCUAUUCUUAAAUUGGGUGGAUUAAUAUCGCUCUCUGGCUUCCUUUCCUAUGAAUGCCCAAUGAAGUAGUUCAAAAUG